CUGCAGAUCGAUCAGUGCAUAGACAACUAGAGACCACUAGCUAGCUUCACCACCGGACCACCCAGAGCGCGCGCGGCGGCCGGCGAGCAAUCGAGCACGUACGGUCGGCAGGCCGGCGAUCCAUGAGGAUGCCGGCGCUCUCCUGCGCCCUUCUCCUCCUCCUCGCCGUGACGUCUCCGGCGGCGGCGACCAUCACCAAGGGCGACUUCCCGCCGGGGUUCAUCUUCGGCACCGGCUCCUCCGCAUACCAGAUUGAAGGUGCAGUUGACGAAGAUGGAAGGAAACCCAGCAUCUGGGACACGUUCACACAUGCAGGCUACUCUACAGGCGGAGCGAACGCUGACGUGACUGCAGAUCAAUAUCAUAAGUACAAGGAAGAUGUAAAACUUUUGAGUGACUUGGGCGUUGACGCGUACAGAUUUUCCAUUGCCUGGCCUCGGCUUAUUCCCGACGGGCGAGGAGCUGUCAAUCCAAAGGGGCUGGAGUACUACAACAAUCUUAUCAAUGAACUCCUGAGCCAUGGAAUUCAGCCUCACGUAACGAUAUAUCAUUUCGACUUCCCUCAGGCUCUGCAAGAUGAAUACAGUGGAUUGCUUAGCCACAAAUUCAUAGAUGACUACACUGCAUAUGCAGAUGUGUGCUUCAAGAACUUUGGCGACAGGGUGAAGUACUGGAGCACUGUCAAUGAGCCAAACAUCGAGCCGAUUGGCGGAUACGAUCAGGGCAUCCUCCCACCGCGCCGAUGCUCAUUCCCAUUCGGCAUCCUCAGUUGCGACAACGGUAACUCUACCACAGAGCCAUACAUUGUAGCGCACCAUCUUCUGCUUGCACAUGCCUCCGCAGCGACCCUAUAUAAAGAGAAGUACCAGGCCACGCAAGGAGGCAAAAUUGGACUCACAUUGCUGGGUUGGUGGUAUGAGCCAGGGACGCAAGCACCCGAGGAUGUAGCAGCAGCUGCAAGGAUGAAUGAUUUCCACAUUGGAUGGUAUAUGCAUCCAUUGGUGCAUGGAGAUUACCCCCCAGUGAUGAGGAAGAAUGUUGGGUCCAGGCUACCAUCUUUCACCGCUGAAGAGCUGGAGAGAGUGCGCGGAUCUUUCGAUUAUGUCGGAUUUAACCACUACAUUGCCGUAUACGUGAAGGCUGAUCUUAGCAAGCUGGACCAGAACCUGAGAGAUUACAUGGGUGAUGCAGCAGUGAAAUAUGACAUGCCAUUUCUGAACUCAAAGAACCAGUUGUUGUUCGGAUUGAAAACCGAUUUCGCGACAUCGACUCCAUGGGCUCUGAAAAAAAUGCUGGAGCAUCUCCAGGUCAAAUACAAGAACCCCGUGGUCAUGAUCCACGAGAACGGAGCUGCCAGCGUACGUGACCCCUCAGGCGGGAACAACUACGACGACGAGUUCAGGUCGCAGUACCUGCAGGAUUACAUCGAGGCGGCCCUUGAAUCCAGCAGGAAUGGGUCGAACGUGCAGGGCUACUUUGUAUGGUCAUUCCUCGACGUCUUCGAGUACCUCUUCGGCUACCAAAUGGGCUUCGGCCUCUACGGCGUCGACUUCAACUCCGAGGAGAGGACGAGGUACCAGAGGCACUCUGCCAAGUGGUUCGCCAGCUUCCUCCGUGGCGGGGAGCUCAGGCCAGUGGCUCUACCUGGCAAGGCCUACUCCCAGUGAUGUUUGCACAUUCCAAGCUGUCAGUAUUGGAGAUAUUAGAAGAAUUUAUGAAUAAGCCUCAUACGUAGAGCAUGGAUAAUUGGGUGGUGACAUGAUAUUAAUUACUGUUUUGUUUUCUGGAUAGAAGUUGAAUUUUUUGUUUGUGAAGUAGGGUUCGUUCAUAGGUCUCUGCUCCUUUUCUCUCGAUUGUUUCAACUAUACCAAUGUUGAUGUGUGUUCUGAAAAUAAUAUAAUAUGUGGUAUACAAAGUUUA